GUUCUUGGCUUGCGUGUAUAGAAACUGGACUAUAGAAGCCAGCAAUGCAGUUGAACUGACGGCUAAAGUUAGGAUGUUGUCUUUGGAGAACCAGAGCCACAUAUCUCCAACUUGAGACGGUAAAUCCACCAUCGCUGUACAAAUUCAAGCCACAGAUCAGUUCGUUGCGUUAGAAAGAAAUAAAAUCGAUAUCAGUAUGUCUCGUGCAUGAUUCAAACCAACAUGAACCCAACAACCAUCGCGACUCCGCCAUGUGUAUUAGAAGAGUCAUCGAAUGCGUCGUUAAGUGGCAUUGUCUGUUCCAACGUCACAAUAGGGAUCCCGGUUGUCGACAAUUCAGAGUUGGUUGCCGCGAGUGAAGCGACAAGAAUAGCUACAUCGGUAUUGAUCGCCUUAAUAAUGUUCGGGUUCGGUUGUUCGGUUGAGCCGAAGAAAGCGUUAGCGUAUUGCAAGAAACCAAAGCAGUUCAUCACCGCACUCGCGCUGCAGUUAUUGGGAAUGCCUCUUCUCGGCUUCGGUCUUUCCCAAGCCUUCAGAAUGACACCGCCUGAAGCUGCAGGUGUUUACAUUCAAGCGAGUUGUCCUGGUGGAACUUACAGCAACCUUGCAGCAUAUUGGGUGGACGGUGACCUCAACUUAAGCGUUCUCAUGACAACAAUGUCGACAAUUCUCUCAAUGGGGACUUUACCGCUUUGGUUGUUCUUGUUUCCUCUAAUGGCAAACACAGGAGAUACUUUGAAAGUUCCAUUCGACCAGUUAGGAUACGCCCUCCUUGGUAUUAUCCCACCGUUGUUGGUUGGUAUUCCCGUCAACUAUAAAUUCCCAAAACGUGCUCCACUUAUUACAAAGAUUUGUACGACCAGUGGAUUCGUUGGUUUCGCCUUAAUGGCCAUCAUACUACUUGCAACACAGAAGGUUAAAUACGUUGUAUCGUGGAGACAGAUUGUUGUCCUGUUAUUAUUUCCUUCUAUUGGUGGCAUCGUCGGUUACCUAGCAACCAGGUUGCCAUGGUUGGAUUAUAAUGUUGCACAGAGAAGAACUGUUGCUAUAGAAACCGCCAUGCAAAACACAGCUCUGGGGCUUUCCAUUGUUCUUAUUUCGUUCAGUCUUACCCUUCCGGAGUUCGGAACAAUCCUCGUCUUCCCAGUUUUCUACGGAGGACUUCAGCUUAUCAGUAUGUUUCCAAUAGUUGCGAUCUAUCGUUUCCUUAGAUGGAAAGGUUACAAGUGUGUCCUCCCUAAUGAAGAUACUGAAGAGGAAGACACGGAACUGCAAGAAAGAACCGAAAACGGAGUUUCAAACCUUGCGUUUACUGAAGAUGGUGCUAUAACUGAAAAUGGGACUACAAAGAUACCAAUAUAGCGGUGGAAGGUGAUACUUUCUGUACGGAGAUCGAGGAUCGUGCAACACAUUCUAGACGUUGAGGUUGGAAGAAGGAAUGAGAAAACGACGACGAAAGGAGUGCAUUGAGUAUGAAAUACCUCUGUUUUAUCUCCUCGAGUAUGUUAUAACACGAUAAAGAUUGAAAUGCCAUUUAAACAUGGUGCGUGCUGCUGAAUUUAAACUAAACUCCACUGUAUUUGGAUAAAUCUAUACCCUUUGAAAGAUUUGUGUUAUAUUUUUUUAUUUAUUCGUGACGUUAUGACACUACUUUGGUUACAUCUUCGUUUAGAAGUGUGAAAACGGGACGCAUUUAAAAAGAUGUACUUUUUCUGUUUUGUAUGUGCUUGCUUUGGCAUUUAAAAUUGCCUCUUUCGUUUAUGACGAAACGGUUCCUAUUCUUUUAAAUGUGCAUAAUUUCUUAAUAAUAAUUGCACACAUGGAAAGACGUUACACGGCUUUUCAUUUCGUUUGAUAUUGCUCGUAUACGAAGCCAAUACGUUGUACACAUUGUCACUGUGAUUACUUGUAAAAUGUAAAUCGAAUAUUUUGAUUUUUGUACUGUCUAUUGCAGUAAAACAACAGCUUUUUUAUUUAUAUUUAAUCCCCAUU